CUUUUUUUUUACUUAUCUCCCCCAAAGUAAAAACAAACACAGAGACUUUUGCGAUUCCUCUCUCUGAUUCAAAAAUCUUCAUCGUUCCAAGCUCAAAUCUUUCUUGAAGAAGAAGCCAUGGCUCGUACGAAGCAAACCGCGAGGAAAUCAACCGGAGGAAAAGCUCCGAGGAAGCAGCUCGCCACCAAGGCAGCGAGGAAAUCUGCGCCGACCACCGGAGGAGUCAAGAAGCCUCACCGUUACCGUCCCGGAACCGUCGCUCUACGUGAGAUUCGUAAGUACCAAAAGAGCACAGAGUUGUUGAUCCGUAAGCUUCCCUUUCAGCGUCUUGUUCGUGAAAUCGCUCAAGAUUUCAAGACGGAUCUGAGGUUCCAGAGCCACGCAGUGUUAGCACUUCAGGAAGCUGCAGAGGCGUAUUUGGUGGGUUUGUUUGAAGACACUAAUCUUUGUGCCAUUCACGCCAAGAGGGUUACGAUUAUGCCUAAAGACAUUCAGCUCGCAAGAAGGAUUCGUGGGGAGCGUGCUUAGAUGUUAGAGUCGAAAUCAAAUCGUCAUCAACUAGUAUUCUAUUAGGAACCCUUUUGAUUUUUGUUUUUUUUGCUUUGCUUCGAUUUGAUUUCAUGUUGUCUCACUUUUAUUAACCAAAAUACAAUAUUAUCUUAAGAGCUUUUUGAGACAUGAUUUGGUUAUUGAUGAUAUGAUUCUAUUGUUUCUCUUGAUCA